AUUUGACUGUAAAUAACUUACACCUACGGCAUAGGAUACAGUUUUGUUUUGUUUUUCGGUUUGGUCAAAGAUUUGUUUCGUUGAUGGACGGUGAAAAUACGGAAGCUCAUAAUUUGCUAUUCCGACUUUUUAAAAAGUGAUUUAUAUAUUUGGAUACGUCAUUUAAGAAUUCCACGAUGGACAACCAAGCUUUCUUUGACGAGCAGGGCAGAUACAUCAAUGUUGAUGUAGGUUCAAAAGGCAAGAAGGACGACAAGGAUGACUUUGUGCUGUACAAUGGCACCAAAGCUAACGGCUCCAGCUACUCCUACGAGAAGGGCCUGGAAUCGCAAGAGGAAGAUCCUUGGAAGGUGACAAGCAUCAAACAGGAUUAUACGCCAUGGAACGAGCUGAGCCGCAGACAGAAGACCGUGCGAGGCGUCAGUGUGUUCAUCAAGGUUCUGCUGGUCAUCGGCUGUCUCUACAUGUUCAUCUGCUCGCUGGAUUUUCUCAGCUCGGCUUUCAGACUCCUGGGAGGGGAGGCGGCGGGCAAGGUGUUCCGUCAGAGUGACAUCAUGAAGAACCCCGUGGCCGGGCUGAUGAUUGGGGUGCUGGUCACUGUGUUGGUGCAGAGUUCAUCGACCUCGACUAGCAUCGUCGUCAGUAUGGUCAGCACUGGAUUGAUGGACAUCCAGACAGCCAUCCCGAUCAUCAUGGGAGCUAACGUCGGCACCUCGGUGACCAACACAAUCGUCGCCAUUGGUCAGAUCACGGACAAGGGCGAGUUUCGGCGAGCGUUCGCAGGGGCGACAGUCCAUGACAUGUUCAACUGGCUAACAGUUAUCGUUCUUUUACCAUUGGAAGUCAUAACAGGUUACCUGUAUCACCUGACCAAUGCCAUCGUGGACUCGCUGCCCCUGGUCGCAGACAAAGGUGCUGACAAGGACAUUCUCAAGGUCAUAACAGAGCCCUUCACCAAGCUGAUUAUCCAGAUCGACAAGAACGCCAUCAACAAGAUUGCAGACGGCACGGAUCCCGACUUCGACUACGACCGCGCCAUCAUGAAGGUGUGCUGCGACAAGAAGACACCUGCACAGUGCUGUGAGACCAAAAAGUCGAAGGUCUUCAAGACUGCGGCCAACUACACGCAUGCGCAGAAGACUGGUUUCUGUCAGGAGCUUAGCGCAUGCGUGGGCCGGAACCAGACAUGGCACCAAGACUGCACGAGCACGCCCUGGAGUAACAAGACUUGGAGCAUCCAGAGGUUCGUCACACAGGUCGACUGUGACGCUUUCCAGGGCACGAGGUCAGAGGUCGACUGUUGUAGGGCGAGGAUAGACCACAACCAGGCCCUGGACUGCUCCGGCGUCAGCAGCUGUUUCAGCUCCAGCUCCCACAACUUCUCCCUCUCCAGCUGCGCCGUGAGCAACGUCAGCGUCAUGGACGAGCUUGUGGGUGAGGACUUCUCGUGCACGCUGUACACGAGGGACGUGGAGAAGAUGACGUGCUUCAAGGAAUGUGAGUUUUUAUUUAAGGGAAUGUACUCCACAUUAAACGACAAAGCCAUUGGAGCAAUCAUGCUGGUUAUCUCCCUUACAAUUCUCUGCCUGUGUCUGGUCGCCAUAGUCAAACUGCUUCACUCCCUUCUCCAAGGCCCCAUCGCUCUCAUCAUCAAAAAAUUCAUCAACGCGGACUUUCCCGGACCGCUGGGCUACCUCACCGGAUACCUCGCCAUCAUCAUCGGCGCCGGGUUGACCAUCAUCGUCCAGAGCUCCUCCAUCUUCACCUCCACCCUCACCCCGCUCGUCGGCAUCGGGGUCAUCGAACUCGACCGGAUGUACCCUUUGACCUUGGGGUCAAACAUCGGCACCACGACCACGGCGAUUCUCUCAGCCUUAGCCAACACGGACGGCCUCAGAAACGCGUUACAAGCAGCCUUCUGCCACCUCUUCUUCAACAUCACCGGCAUCCUCCUGUUCUACCCCAUCCCCUACCUCCGCUUCCCCAUCCCGCUUGCCAAAUUUCUAGGCAACUGCACGGCCGAGUACCGCUGGUUCGCCAUCGUCUACAUCCUCCUCAUGUUCUUCCUCUUCCCCGCCCUAGUCUUCGCUCUCUCCAUCCCGGGCUGGUACGUCCUCCUCGGCGUCCUCGGGCCCGUCUGCCUUCUUUUCAUCAUCAUCGGCGUCAUCAAAUGCCUGCAGGCUAAACGUCCCCAGAGCCUGCCCAGAAAGCUCCAAGACUGGAUGUUCCUACCCCAGCCGCUACGGUCUUUAGAACCCUAUGAUCGCGCCAUGCAGAAAGUCUUCUUCUGCAAGCGGUUCCAGACAGACUCUACCGAGAAGACAGACACUGGUGCUACGUCAGACAGACAAGCUAACGGAGAGUCCAGCACGCGACUUUAGUAUGACCACGUGACAUUGUUUACAAACAAAGUUCGAUUUUUGAAAACCUAUUUAUUCUAUAAUGUUAUUUAUAUUUGUAACUUGUAUAUGAUUAGAUAAAUUACAUUCGUUUUAGUUCAAUAUGUAUAUAUAGCAUGUACAUAGCUUACAGAAAUUUUUAAUAUAAUAUAUUAUUUAAAAGAUUUUCUGUGGUAUUUUUUAAAAAAUAUAUAAAAUUACUUUUUUAGGAAUUUUGAGCUCUGUGAUCUUGUCAUAAGAGUUUUGUAAAAUUUUUAUACAUUUUUUAUAACACGAAAAAGUUGAUUUAAUUUUUAUAUUGUUAUCAAAUUGUUGUCAUUUAAAAUUUCCAAAAUAAUUUUACUGGUUCAAACUUGAGGCAGUUAUUAUGAUAACAGCAUAACUAUCGUACUAGGUAUUUGAUCACUGCCUUUGUACCACUUUGUAUUGUCUUUUGCCGUGUUCGUGAUUUCAACGAGAGGCGAUGUUACGUGAAUAGAGGCCAACUUAAGCCACCUGGGCCACUUUUAUGGAAAACCCAACAUUGGUCAUUUGUAUGGAAGGGCAAUCUCGGUGACGUUUAUUGUAAGGUCAACCUUGGCCAAUUGUAUGAAAAGGCCACUUUAAUAUUUGCCCCUAAUGCAUAGCCCAUCUAUGACAAAUCAAGCAUAGGCAUUCGUUGCCACAAAAUAAACCAACAGAUCUAGAAACAGAAAAAAAAAGAUUUCGGUUGAGUAAGAUACCAACUAGGCAGGGGCGGAACUACAGUGCCGCCAGACCCCGCAGUACGGAGGGGGGGGGGGCACGCCAUUUAGGGGCCCAAAGCCGUCAAUAAUAAAAAAAAAUAUAAUUAAAAAGAAAUUAAUUUUCUUGCAUUUUCGACUUGAUGGUUGUUUUGUAAAAAAAUCACUGUAACUGCGGUUGGAUUAUCUUUAUUCUAUAGACACCCCCUCACGCUCUUGUAUUUUCUUUUUCCCUUUGUUUUUAAACCACUGUGA